GAAUUUUCAGAGAGGUUUCAAUUAAUUAGUUGAUCUUUCUAUAUAUACACAUCACAUUACCCAUUAUUUCUAUCAUCAACAGAAAACAAGAAUAUAUCCAAAAACUUGAAUCUUUUCAUAAAAACUUCAGAAUCUUCAAAAGGAUUCAAAUCUUUAGAUAAAGAAAAUAUAAAUGGCUUUAGUGAGAAGUCUAUUGGGUGCAAAGAAGAUUCUUGGCCACUCUGUAACAGCAACAGCUUCUACGAGCAAAAGAGCAACCUUGGCGGCACCACCAAAAGGGUUUCUUGCGGUGUACGUAGGAGAGAGCCAGAAGAAGAGAUAUGUGGUGCCAAUCUCAUACUUGAGUCAGCCUUCGUUUCAAGCUCUUCUCACUAAAUUCGAAGAAGAGUUUGGGUUUGAUCAUCCAAUGGGGGGCUUAACCAUCCCUUGUCCUGAAUCUACUUUCAUUAAUGUGACGUCUCGGUUCCACUGAUGAUUAUCCAACAUAUUUUUCUUUUAGUUAGACAUAGACUUGUUCCUUGUAAAUAGAUGAGUUUUUCUUUUCUUUCUUCUAUGUUCUAGAUUUUUGAAGUAAAUACCAUUAUUCUAUUAUAUUUAUACAUUUUGGAUAAUGAAAAAUAAAAGACAGCAACAAUUUUGAAUUAUAUU